AGUUACUGUAGCAGCUACUCUAGGCCUUCUCCUGCUGAAGCACGUGCUGGUUCUAAUAGGAUUUUCUUCAUUUAAGAAUUGCAGAGCUCAAUUCUUUGUCCAUUCUAUUAGUAUUGAUAAUUAUGCUUCUCUACUUGACACCUUUUUAAAAUCUGUGUGUGGCUGUUGCCCUAUAUUGUGUGAAUAUUACCUUAUAGUAAUUUUCAUCCACUGCCUUUAUAAUGUAUAGCAUUUUUAUUUUGGUCUGUCAUCAGCUGGUCCACCCUGCUACCUAUGAACUAUUUCUUCCUCAGCUGCCCUUAAAUGACGAGUGGCUGGGUUACUCUGUUGCCAAAUAGUGUGUGUUGAAGCACAGGGCAUUUUCUCAGCUGUCUUAGCUAGGCAGGGGCAGCGGUUGUUUCACUUUUCAGCACAAAGAAUGGAAGUGGCAGUCAUAAUUGAGGGUGUCAGAAACAGAGCCUUCUCUUUUUGUUAGCCAGUAUAGUUGAAUGAAAAUGAAAGAAGGGGGCAAGCAGGCUGAAACUUGCUUUCUAAAGAAGAUUUGAGCCCUCGUGAUGAUCACUGCUCUGGGAGACGUCUGAGCCAGACAAAGAACAUCUGGGACGCUUACUUCUGCACAGAUCUUCAUAAUCCCUCACAUAGGCUUUGUCUUAACACAGUACAGUCCUUAAAGGUGAUAAUUUACUGAAUGAGUGAAGCAGCAACCUGGGUGAGAGUGUGCCUGUAGGCAUUACACGGAAUCAAGGGAAUUGUUAUAUGAUGCAACAGAAGUAAUCCCUGGAAAUAAGGACAAGAAAGGGGAGUUGAUGAUAUACCUUUCGGCUUCCCUUUGGUCUGGCAACUCGUGUCUGAGGCAAGCUCUUCCCUGCUUUCCUCCCCGUGUUUAACAGAAAGGAAGCAACUGCCUGAUUGAAGAAUGUAAGGUAACAAAAAAGAUAUUGCAGUAAACUCUGUUGAUGCAGGUCCAGCUUGUUCAAUUGAGUGCAUAGUUCACUAUUCGUAAGACAUCUACUGGAAUUGGGUACUUGAGUCCCUGACCCAGCUUGCAGUGUUCUCUUUUAGGAAGAGCAGUGAGUUUUAGUCACCAGAAAAAAAGAAUGAGAGAAACAAAACAGCUCAAUAAGAACGUGUAUGCAGGGCUUGGGAUGCACUGUCACAUUUUGUUCCUUUUACCUCCAAGGACUUAUGCAGUACUGUGCUAGAACAAUUAGGAAUAUUAUUUGAUUUCUCGGAGGGAAGAAAUGAACUGAAGAUGGGACAUCUAAGAAAAAAGAGAUGAAAAAUAAGCAUUGUAAACAUGUUGUUGUAUUGGGUUGUAGAUGUUCUAGUCAGGAACUAGUGGAAAUGUAGAAUGAAGUGGUGAAGUCACUUCAGAGUCAAAAUUACAGUGUUUUAGGUUCUGUGAUAGUAGGCAAACAGUAGUAAAUAAGGCUUUUAUGCUAUAACACUGCUGUGAUUUCAUUAGUUAAGAGUCCCACAGAAAUAGCUAGGAUACUAGCUGUUACUAGAGAGCAGGUUUCCUGUGUAUCAGCAGGUGAUUAAGAGCCAUCUGCGUGGAGAUGCACUUCUGCUGUCUCUUUAAUCACUGAAACCUUACUGACAUGCUUCCCAGGGCCAACUCCCACUUGUAACCACUGACUGUGUUUGUGGCUUCUUGCAGAACAGACAGGGUUGGUAAUACAGAAGCCUUUUGUUUUUGUUUUGAGUCCCACUGAUCUGGUAGGCUCUCUUUGUUCUUACGCAUCUCUUGUCUGUCUAGCCACGCUUUUUCCUUGUUCAGGUUGAAUAGUGCAGUAAUGCUCUGUUUUGAAGUAUUUAAAUCAGUAAUGUCAGGGGGAGUUAUUCCUCUGGCAGCUUUAGUUUACUCUGAAGCUGAGCAGAAUGAGAAUGAGAGCCAUGGGUUUACUCCUUUUCAUGGAGCCCUCAAGAAUGAUGAAACAUGUCUAGCAUUUAUCCUUUUAUAUAUCUAACGUGUUUGGCUGAAUUGGAAAUAGUCUCAGAGGAGCUGUUAUUUCAUGUGCCUACCUAGUUUUAAUUUGCACAGAACUGUAAGGCAGGUAGGGGUUUUCUGGGGUCUCGUGGUAUAGGCAAAGCCCCCUGAGGAGAAAAACAAUCAUUCAAGAAAAUGAAUGGAAACAUUUGUGUCAUGGUAUUUUCCAGCUAUAUAAAUAUCUUCAAGAAUUUCCCUGGCAAUGAUCCUGCCAGGUGGGUUCAGAAGAAUUUUGUAACUGAUCGGUAUAUUUUUGUUGUCUCUUUGUUUUGGAAUUGCUGGGAGGUUUCUACCUCUUGGGCACAAGCCUAAGCCACCACCUUUGCACAGCUCUUUCCAGUGCUCAGGUAAUGGUUGUAGCCUUCUGGCUUCUUCAUCACUGGCCUUUUUCUGGAAGGGAGUUUUCCUUAUCUGGAGCUUCAGUCGUCUUUGUUACAUGAUGCAACAUGUAACAGUCUAAUUUCUAUGUAUCUUACGAGUUGCAACGUGGAACAAUGUUGCUUUGGCAAGAAACUGUACAGAAUGACCUUGUUCCAAUAGAUCCUGUGCCAAAAGAAAAGGAAGUUGGAAAACUGGAAAUGGACAUUUGCAUGGCUCAGAACGGUUAAUCAUUUGAUUUAAACAAAACCAAACCAGACUGUUCUAACGUGGACUUUAUAAGUUUGUUUUUUGUAAGAGUGCUGUGUUUUUUUUGCCAGUUUUGUCCCAACCUAUCCUUCCAGCCAAGUCAGCUGCUUUGUCUUAAGAAUUAGCACAGAUUUAAUCCACUGGAUUGUUCAGCAAGUGGAAUUCCAUGAGUCCUUCAUAUGGAUUUCAUACAGCUUUUCCUAAAGGGAAAGUACAUUUUAGUGGAGAUUUCAGCUUACAGCACGAAAGUCUCUGUUUAUAUUGGACUUCUUCAGAUUUGUUUAAUACCCAAAAGAAGCAUGUUUUUACCAAGAUCUGUUAAAGUCAAGAGGAGUGCUGAUGAGGACAAAAGCUGUACAGCCAAGAGAAAUAGAUUGUCUUCUGGGGGGUCUUCGUUAGAGGAGAGCACUGAGUUCCAAGACGGUAAAUCAGCUGAAACAGCAACUUCCACUUCAAAAUGCAACUCGAAUGAAGUUGUACAGCACACAGAACCCGUCGCUGUGCCGUCAGAUCUUGGUGUUCCUGACGCGUCUUCAGGAGAAGACAAGGGAAAUACUGCCGAAGAGAGCUCUUCUGAAGAACCCGUAAAAUCCUUCAGCAAAUCCCAGCGUUGGGCUGAACCUGGAGAACCUGUGUGCGUUGUCUGUGGCCGCUAUGGAGAGUAUAUAUGUGACAAAACAGAUGAAGAUGUUUGUAGCUUGGAAUGUAAAGCCAAACACCUUCUACAAAUGCAAGAAAAGGAGGAAAAGCUCAAAUCUGCUCACCUUGCCAAAGGAGAAUCUCAAGAAGAAAGUCACCUGCUUAAUACAGCUUAUUUCUAUAAAGAUCACUCCUUUAUCUUAAGUUUGCAAGAUGAGCAGGUUGAGAACCUUAAACUGCAGUUAGGUAUUGCCAUCCAGGGCCAGCAAGUUCCAAGACCUAUUAUAGAGUUUGAACACUGUGGUUUUCCUGAAACUUUGAACAGUAACUUAAAGAAUUCUGGCUAUGAAGUCCCAACUCCCAUCCAAAUGCAAAUGAUCCCCGUUGGACUGUUAGGGAGGGAUAUUGUGGCUAGUGCAGACACAGGCUCAGGAAAAACAGCAGCCUUCCUGCUCCCUGUUAUUAUGAAGGUUUUGAACGAGACAGAAACUCCAUCUGCCCUUAUUUUGGCACCAACAAGAGAGUUGGCAAUUCAGAUAGAAAGGCAAGCUAAAGAACUCAUGGCUGGUUUACCAAACAUGAGAACAGUUCUCCUGGUAGGAGGUUUACCGCUGCCACCACAGCUUCAUCGUCUCAAGCAGAGUGUGAAGGUUAUAAUAGCAACACCUGGAAGACUUCUUGAGAUUUUAAGGCAAAGUUCUGUUCAACUGCAUGGCAUAAAAAUUGUAGUAGUGGAUGAAGUGGAUACUAUGUUAAAAAUGGGCUUCCAGCAGCAAGUGUUGGAUAUUUUGGAAGACAUCUCUCAUGAUCAUCAGACCAUACUGGUGUCAGCCACAAUCCCAGUGGGUAUCGAACACUUAGCAAAUCAGCUUCUGCACAAUUUUGUAAGAAUAACAAUUGGGGAAAAAAAUCUACCAUGUUCCAACGUGCGCCAGAUAAUUCUGUGGGUGGAAGAGCCAUCUAAAAAGAAGAAACUGUUUGAAAUAUUAAAUGAUAAGAAACUCUUCAAGCCUCCAGUGUUGGUAUUUGUGGACUGCAAGCUAGGAGCAGAUCUGUUGAGUGAUGCUGUUCAUAAGAUCACAGGAUUACAGUGUACAUCUAUGCAUUCUGAAAAAUCUCAGGUGGAAAGGACAGCCAUAUUACAGGGAUUACUUCAAGAGAAGUAUGAAGUGAUAGUAAGUACUGGAGUCCUUGGGCGAGGACUUGACCUUGUCAAUGUCAAACUGGUAGUAAAUUUUGAUAUGCCUUCAAGUAUGGAUGAAUAUGUACAUCAGGUUGGAAGAGCAGGGCGGCUGGGUCACAGUGGAACUGCCAUCACUUUUAUCAAUAACAACGGCAAGAAACUCUUCUGGGAUGUUGUGAAGAGGGUAAAACCAACAGGCACUAUUCUUCCCCCACAGCUGCUUAAUUCCCCGUAUCUUCAUGACCAAAAGAGAAGGGAACAACAGAGACUUAAACAAUUAGAAAAUAGCCUUGUAACGGGGGAUAAUAUUAUGGACAUCAUUAGAAAACAUGACAAAAAUAAUUCUCAGAGGUAACGAAGAUAAAGCAAACUUUGUAAUUAUUAUGGAAGUGUGAUUAAAAAUAAACGUGGCAUUUUCACA